UCGGUCUGUCAGAAGAUGGCGGGUCCCGCGGACGAGCUGGUCUCGUCGGUGACUCUUUACCGCCGCCGGCCGCGGCUCCUCCACGGCACCGUCCUGCCCUUCGUGGCCGGGCUCUACCCGGCGUGGCUGUGGCUGUGGGGGCCGCGCGUUUGGGCGGCGUGGGGAGGAGGAGGAGGAGGAGGAGGAGGAGGAGAGGAAGAGGAGGCGGCGGGAGUGAUGGGGGGGAAGGAGGCAGGAGGAGGGGGAGCGGGCCCCGCGCCUCCCGAGGCGGCGAUGCUGGCGCUGGCCGCUAUCGGGGUGAUCCACCUGCUGACGGCGCUGUCGGGGCUCUGGUCGGUGCACGCUCAUUGUGCCCUCACCUGCGUCCGGGAACCUUGUCCCAAAAAAGCCACCUUGGCCAAAGUUGUGCCAACCCCAAAUAAUGGAUCAGUGGAACUUGUGCCUCUCCACAGAGACCAGGAUGAGGACGGGCAAGAGGCUCUUUCCUUUGAAUUCCAAAAAAUCAAAUAUUCCUGUGAAAUAAAAGGCAAGAAACAGUUUCUUCCUGUUGCUUUCCCAGUGGAACAUCCUCUUGGUUUCUACCAGAACGCCCGAGGUUACCAGGAGGACAAAGAAAUUCGAGCAGCUGAGAAGAAAUAUGGAACAAACAAGGCUGAGAUGGUGGUGCCAGAAUUCCUGGAACUCUUCAAGGAAAGAGCCACUGCCCCUUUCUUCGUCUUCCAGGUGUUCUGCGUGGGGCUGUGGUGCCUGGACGAGUACUGGUACUACAGUGUCUUCACCCUCUCCAUGCUGGUGGCCUUCGAAGCCUCCUUGGUCCAACAACAGAUGAGGAACAUGUCGGAGAUCCGGAAGAUGGGCAACAAACCCUACAUGAUCCAGGUCUACAGGAACCGGAAGUGGCGCUCGAUCUCCAGCGACGAGAUUAUUCCCGGGGAUAUUGUUUCCAUUGGUCGAUCUCCUCACGAGAACCUGGUGCCCUGUGAUGUGUUGCUGCUGCGUGGCCGGUGCAUCGUGGAUGAGGCCAUGUUGACAGGAGAGUCUGUCCCACAGAUGAAGGAACCUGUGGAGGAUCUGAAUCCAGAUCAUGUCCUGGACAUGCAGGCAGAUGCUCGUCUACACAUCAUUUUUGGGGGAACUAAAGUGGUGCAGCACAUCCCACCCCAGAAGGCCAGCACGGGCCUGAAACCUGUUGACAAUGGGUGUGUGGCCUAUGUCCUGAGGACCAGCUUCAACACCUCCCAGGGGAAAUUGCUUCGUACAAUCCUCUUUGGGGUGAAGAGAGUGACAGCCAAUAACUUAGAGACCUUCAUUUUCAUCCUGUUCCUGCUGGUCUUUGCCAUUGCUGCUGCAUCUUACGUCUGGAUUGAAGGCACCAAGGAUCCCAGCAGGAACCGUUACAAGCUCUUCCUGGAAUGUACUUUGAUCCUGACAUCAGUUGUCCCACCUGAACUUCCCAUUGAGCUCUCCUUGGCUGUCAACACCUCCCUCAUUGCCUUGGCCAAGCUCUAUGUUUACUGCACCGAGCCCUUCCGCAUCCCCUUCGCCGGCAAGGUCCAGGUUUGCUGCUUUGACAAAACAGGCACCUUGACCAGUGACCACCUGGUGGUGAGAGGAGUUGCUGGGCUCAGGGAUGGGAAGGAGGUGACCCCAGUGUGUGACAUUCCAGUUGAAACCCACCGAGCCAUCGCCACCUGCCACUCGCUGGUCCAGUUGGAUGAUGGGACCUUGGUGGGAGAUCCCUUGGAGAAGGCCAUGUUGAUGGCUGUGGAUUGGACCCUCACCAAAGAUGAGAAGGUUUUCCCCAGGAGCAUAAAAACUCAGGGUCUGAAGAUUCACCAGAGGUUUCAUUUUGCCAGUGCCCUGAAGAGAAUGUCUGUCCUGGCCUCCUAUGAGCAGGUUGGAUCUACUGACCUCUGCUACAUUGCAGCUGUGAAAGGGGCUCCAGAGACCCUGCAGCACAUGUUGUCCCAGUGUCCCAGCAACUACCAGGCUGUCCACACAGAGAUCUCCCAUGAGGGGGCAAGAGUAUUGGCCCUUGGCUACAAAGAACUGGGCCACCUCACCCACCAGCAGGUGAGAGACAUAAAGAGGGAAGAUCUGGAGUGUGACCUGAGGUUCGUGGGGUUCAUGGUGGUUUCCUGUCCCCUCAAAGCUGACUCCAAAGCUGUCAUCAGGGAGAUCCAGAAUGCAUCACACCAUGUAGUGAUGAUCACAGGAGACAAUCCUCUCACCGCUUGCCACGUGGCCCGGGAGCUCCACUUCUUCCAGAGGGAGCAAACCCUGAUCCUGCAGCCUCCUGGGACCAAAGGCUCCAGUUGGCAGUGGAAAUCUGUGGAUGGGACUGUGGUGCUCCCAGUGCUUCCCAGUUCCCUGGGGGAGCUGACCCAACGCUACGACCUCUGUGUCACUGGGGAAGGUCUCUCUUACCUCCAGUCUGGGGACAAGGAGCAGCUCCUGAAGCUCAUCCCACACAUCCAGGUCUUUGCCAGAGUGGUGCCAAAGCAGAAGGAAUUUGUCAUCACAACCUUGAAGAGCCUGGGCUACGUCACCCUGAUGUGUGGGGAUGGAACCAACGACGUUGGAGCUCUGAAACAUGCAGAUGUGGGUGUGGCUCUGCUGGCAAAUGCUCCUGAGAAGCUUCCUGAGAGGAAGAAGAGACCUCGAGAUGUCCCCAAUGAUGGGAAAGCAGCUCUGGGAGGCCUCGGUGGUGGGGCUGUGAAGCCCACAUCCCGUGGGGCCAAGCAGAGGGUGAUGUCCCAGAGGGAGGAGCAGCUGGCGGUGCAGAGGCAGGAACGGAUCAGUCAGGUCUUGAAGGACCUGGAAGAAGAACGUGUCCCCGUGGUGAAGCUGGGAGAUGCCAGCAUUGCUGCCCCCUUCACCUCCAAGCUCUCCUCCAUCCAGUGCAUCUGCCACGUGAUCAAGCAGGGACGUUGCACCUUGGUGACCACCCUGCAGAUGUUCAAGAUCCUGGCCCUGAAUGCCCUGAUCUUGGCCUACAGCCAGAGUGUCCUCUACUUGGAAGGGGUGAAGUUCAGUGACUUUCAGGCAACUCUACAGGGACUUCUCCUGGCUGGCUGCUUCCUCUUCAUCUCCAGGUCCAAGCCUCUGAAGACCCUCUCCAAGGAGAGGCCCUUGCCCAACAUCUUCAACCUAUACACGGUCCUGACGGUUCUGCUCCAGUUCCUGGUCCAUUUCCUCAGCCUCGUGUACCUCUACCAUGGAGCCCAACAACGCAGCAGCUCCAGCCGGGAAGAAUUUGUGGAUCUGUACAAGGAGUUUGAGCCCAACCUGGUGAACAGCACCGUGUACAUCAUGUCCAUGGCCAUGCAGAUGGCCACCUUUGCCAUCAACUACAAGGGCCAUCCCUUCAUGGAGAGUCUCCAGGAGAACAAACCUCUACUGUGGAGCAUCAUCCUGUCAGGAGUUGCCAUCGUUGGGCUCCUCACAGGUUCCUCACCAGAGUUCAAUGAGCAGUUUGGAUUGGUGGAAAUCCCCACGGAGUUCAAGCUGGUGAUCACCCAAGUGUUGCUGGUUGACUUCUUCCUGGCCUUGUCAGUGGACAGAAUCCUUCAGUUCCUGCUGGGGAGUGCCAAGCUCAAAGUGCCUUCCUGAAAAGGACCCCCAGAAGUUCCUCAUCCCCAACAGAGGAGACCACCCAGGGCCACCAGAAUCAGCUUGAAUCCUUGUUUUCUUCUUUAUUUUUUUGACAAAUAACUCUUGAUCCUUUGGGGGAAAACUUUUUUCUUCCAAAUCAUGUUGGAAAAACACCUCUGUGAAGCCAA